AUGGCAUCGCAUAUCACGUAUGACGGAGUGACAGGGUCGGGAGGCAACAUCUUUGGAGGCAUCAAGUUCUGGGUUUCUGUCAGCGUUCCUCAACGGUCCAGCAUCAUCGAAAAGAUCGAGAGCAAUGGCGGCGUUGUGGUCCCUCGUGAGAAAGACGCAGACAUGCUCAUCGCGGACCACGCCAAGAAGAACUCGCCGCCAGAAUCGUACUCGUGGAAGUUCAUCACGGACUCUGUCAACGCAGGCAUCAUCCAGGUGGAAGACAAGUACCUCAACGGACAGGUUCCCAGUGCUUCCACUGCGCGUCGGUCGAUUCUCGCAGGGCCUCAUGCCAGGAAGACUCGGACGCCAUUCACGACGCACGACGACGCCCUCAUUGCCAAGUAUGUCCUUAAGGAGGGCAUCAACACGGCUGGCAAUGUACUGUACAUGAAGCUGGAAGACGAGCUGGCUUGGACGAGUCAGCCGCUUUCGAGGAACAAGAGGCAGUGGAAAAUGAACGCCAAGGAGAACACGAAGCCCACGAUCGCGGACAAGAAGAGGCUGGAGCAGAGCCGGAAGACCAACAGGAAGAGGAAGACACACAAGACGAUGAUGGAUCAGUUCUUCAGCGACCUCCGGGACUACUGCGAAGCCAACGACAAGAGGCUGCACACAAGAUGCGUGAUUGAGGAUCACGAGGUCGACCUGUUUGACCUGUAUCAAGCUGUCAGCGCGCAGUCUGUCCCCCUAGAUGAGGUGGACUGGAAGCAGGUGGCGGAAGCCGUGGGCCUUGGCCGCUCUCAACGCAAGGAAGUCACCGCUGGCUUGUUGGAGUCAAGCUACAAUCGCUACCUUGGAGACUUUGUAGAGGCCAUGAUGAGCUUCGAAGACAACGAGGAAGAUCCUGACGAGGACAUUACGGAAGAAGAUAGAGUUGUUUCCGGAGACGAAGAAACUGCCAACAACUCGACAACACCACAGUCCUCCCAGCAUAAUCGCGUAUUGUCUUCCAAGGUGAGCGGUCCCGGCGAGUCAAACUCGAGAAAGAGGUUGCCGGAUGAGCGGCCGUCAACGCCAGAAAGAAUGCCCAAGCGGAGGCGGACGAUGCAUACGGAGAUUCCGAUGACCCCCGAGGACAAGCUGAGGACCACUGCGCGUCUGUCUGCACCGUUAUCGGCACCAGGUAAUCUGCAGAGGAUCACAGACGAAGAACAAGCGGAGACUGGAGAGCCGUCGCAAAGGACUCCUCGACAACAACCACCCGCCGAAGAAUCGUUUGACACGACCCCCUCUCAACAACUGCGGAGCGAGACUGAAUUGGUCGUGAACCCCGAACAUGCCGAAACCCCUACUCUCUACUUUAGUCCAACGGCAGCACGCCUCGGCCAGAGAAACGAUGGACGACUCGAAACCAUACAAGAGGGAGUCCCGUCUACGUAUACGCCGAUAAGAAGGCCGCCCAAGAAACGCACGCUACCGGCCUCUUUCGAAGAGGCUCAGUCGCCGCGUUCUCGGGAACAGCGAAGAAGCCAACUGAGGGAGGAGUUGGAAAGACGGCGCCAACAGCAGCGCCAACAACAACAACAGGAGCAGCGACAACAACAACAGCAGCAGCAGGAAGAGCAGCAGCAGGAAGAGCAGCAGCAGGAAGAGCAGCAGCAGGAAGAGCAGCAGCAGGAAGAGCAGCAGCAGGAAGAGCAGCAGCAGGAAGAGCAGCAGCAGGAAGAGCAGCAGCAGGAAGAGCAGCAGCAGGAAGAGCAGCAACGAGAUGAAAGGCAACGACGAGAUGAGCGGCAGGCACACGAACAAGACCGAGGCCGCACACCACAACAACAGCCGGACAAUGGACAGGAGCAGCGGCCGCAGCAGUUGCGACAAGAGGCAACCGGCCCAAGCAACCCAGACGAACAGGAUGUUGAGGCAAAUGUUGAGGAGAACAAGGAGGAGUUUAGGAGAUGCAAAAAGGACUACCUUAGCCGGGGCUAUAAGAAACACGAAAUCAUCGAGGCCAUGCGCCGCACCACCAUGACCCCCGGCGAGGUCAUGGACAUUGUCAUAGAGAGCCUCCGGGCCGGCCGCGGCGUCCCAGACAACUACGAGGGCAUCUGGACGGACCGCGACGACUCCCAGCUGAGGUACGUCGUCCGCGUCGGCGGGCUGGAGCGCAUGCCGGGGGACGAUCCCGAGGGACGUCGGCGCAAGGAGAAGGCGCAGAAGAUGCUGGAUCGGCUCCUGCACAAGCACGGCGAGGCGAGGGUCGAGCUGCGCAGGAAGUUUCUAAGGGAGGUGGCGCUGGCGGAGCAGGAGAUGGAGAGGGGGCUGCGGGCCUAG